AUGGCCCCCGAGAGGGGGGACGAGAAAGAGGACGAGAGCGAGAAGGAGGAGCUCGAUCGAGUGUCCAGGCGGGACCUUGAGAGGCAGAUCCAAGACCUGAGGCGCGAGAAGGUGCGCCUCGAGGAGAGCAUCAAGCAGAUGGACCGGGCCCAGGAACGGAUCUUCAGCUCUGAAAAGCGGCCAGGGAGACCAACGCCAGCGGACGAGGAGGACGCUUCCAAGCAGAAGCGCUCGAAGAGAGGCGGCGACGACGAGGGCGAGAAAGAGGAACGCGAGGAGGAGAAGGAUGACAAACCGGAUGCCGGGAAGAAGGGCGCCGAGGAUGGCGGCGACAAGGGCAGCGAGAAGGGCGGGGGCGGGGAGGCCGAGGAGAAGAGGGCCGGGGAGAAGAGGGGCGAGGGCUCCGACAACGGCUCCGACAAGGAGGACAGGGGCGCCGACAAGGAGAAGGCAAAGGACAAGGAGAAGGACGAUGACACCCGUCCGACGGGCUCCGCCAAAGGCAGGCCAGACAGGCGGAGCCGGCAGAUUUUCGGCGGCCUCCUGGGGCACCUGCAUGCCGCGAAGAGCCGGCUCGAGCAGGAGAGGGGCGAUCCGAAGAGCCAGCUCCGGCAGAAGGCUGAGGAGAAGUUGCAGGAGAAGAUCCAGCUGUCAAAGGUUAACAUCAAAGAGUUCAGGAAGGCCGAGUUCGAGAAGCAGAAGGUGGAGCAGCAGGAGAAAUGCAAGGAUAUAUUGAAACAGAUCGAGGAGAAGGAGUUGCUGCUUCUCCAGAAAAGGCUUGAGGAGCAUUAUGGCCUGAUGAUGAACUUCAUCAGAACCCAGGCGGAGCCUACAAUCUUCUAUCUUCCCGCCUCGCACAACGACAAGACGAGGGCACAGCUCGCGGAGACCCGAACGGCGAUCAAGCACAAGAUCUCCUCGUUGAAGGGGCAGCUGCAGCCGCCUGACGAGGAGCAGCUCGCCGCCGAGCUCCGGGAGCGCGCCGCCCGCAACUCCGCCGCGGAGGCCGCGAUGGCCGCCGCGGAGGGCGCGGCGCCGCCGCCCGCCGAGGAUGGCGGCGGCGAGGGCAGGGGCGUCGACGGCGAGGCGGAGCCGAAGCGGCGGGGGAGGGGCGACGGGGACGAGGCCGAGGAGGCCCCGAAGGAGGGCUCCGAGGCGGACCCCGAGGAUUUCUCCGAUGCGGACUCCAAGGCGGAGCCUGAAAACAAGGGCGCCGAGGACAGUGAGGGCGAGCCAAGUGCCAAGAAGAGGAAGACAGACGGCGACGUGAAUGCGGAUGAUGAGAAGGCUAUAUUCUCUGAGAUGAGCGAAGAGGCCGUCACGAUGGACGGCCUCGACUGCGUCCGACACCUCAAGGUCAAGGGCUCAUCCGCCGUCCUCACGAUCGCGGAGGACAGCGUGGUCAAGUGCACGGCGGGCGCCAUAGUCAACGCCGCCAACGAGGGCUGCCUGGGCGGCGGCGGCAUCGACGGCGUCAUCGUCAAGCUCGGCGGCGACGCCCUGGCUGCCGCCCGCCGAGCCCUCCCCGUCCUCACGGCCGAGCCAGACGGCCCGCGCUGCCGCACCGGCGACGCCAAGCUGACGCCCGCAGGCGAUCUGCCCUGCGAGUUUGUCAUCCACGCUGUCGGGCCAAACUUCCGGAACUAUCCUGACCAGAAGGAGGCAAUGACGCUGCUUGUCAGCGCUUACAGGAGUUCCAUGGAGCGCGCCCGCGAGAAAGGGGUCAAGAAGGUAGCGUUCUGCAUGUUGUCGGCCGGCAUCUUCCGCGGCGCAUGCCCGCUCCACGACAUCGUUGAGGCUGGUCUGAUGACGAUUGCUAAGCACGUGUAUCCCGGUCUCGAGCGAGUGUAUUUGUGCGCGUUCACCGACCAGGAAAAGGAAGAGCUGCGGGACAUCGUUUCUGCAAUGAAGUUACCCUAG